GGUUAUUGUAAUCUACGAUGGUAGUCUCAGGUGAUAAUGUUUUUAUUCAAAAUCAGUUGACACGAAAUUCAAGAACAUUAUUUGGAACUAGAUAAAGCAGUUAUCCACCGUGUCAAGAAGUAGAACGAUGAAAUUGAAAUAUUAGAUCGAGGAAAUCUAUAUCAGUAUUGCGUAUUACACGACGAUUACACCAUGGAGGAAAAUGGAGAUUGGAAAUCAACACCUAUCAUUGAGUUCGAUGGAAUGAUGUUACCACCCUUUCCUCCGUUACGUGAAGAUGUCAAGAAAAGGUUUGAAGAAAUACGGAAUCUUGCAUGCAGAAAAGAUGAUAUCAUACUGGCUGCUUAUCCAAAGUCAGGUACACAUUGGGUUUGGGAAAUUGUCUGCAUGUUACUCAAAAACAAACCCGAAUAUUCGAAAGAAGGCAAAGAGUGUUUGUUUUUGGAAGCCAUACCGGAUAUAAGCAUGGUGGACAACAUUACCUCUCCAAAGCCAUUUAAUACGCAUAUUCCCUAUAAAUGGUUCCCAAAGCAGCACACAGAAAAUGGCGGAAAGAUUAUCCACGUCCUGAGGAAUCCUAAAGAUGUUGCUGCAUCAUUUUAUCACCAUGCUCGCAAUACUGAAGAAUUUGGUGAACUUUCAGACUUCAAAUCAUUUUAUGAAAAUGUCUACAUGGGAUCAGUUCAGCCAUUCGGGGGAUGGUUUGCGUAUGAAAAGGAAUUUGAACAAGCGGAAAUAAACGACACACACAAUGCUAUCUUCACAGUACAAUAUGAGAGUUUAAAAAAGGAUCCGAUAGGGGAAACCAAACGACUAGCCAAAUUUCUAGACGUUGAUGUGAACGAUGAAAUUAUAGCUGAAAUAGCUGAUAAAUGUAGCUUUAGGAAACUGAAAGAAGCCAAUGCUACGGUCAAAGAUCACUCACGGUUAUCAAAACUUCAUCCAAAUUUCCGUGAAAUAAUGAUGAAAAUGUAUCGGAAAGGAGAGAUUGGUGAUUGGAAGAACCAUUUUACAGUGGCUAUGAAUGAACAAUUUGAUGCAAAGUUCAAGGAAGAAAUGAAAGACUCUAAAAUUGAAGUGCAAUAUGAAUGAUUGAAUAGAUGUCAAUUUUCAUUACAGAAAACACGUUUGAAUUUUUUAAUUUACAAAUUUGAAAUUAAAAAUAAGAUUUAUAAUUUGCAAUGCUGAAAAUAAACUCCGAAGUUUACCUAAA